GACAGUCUGUUAUUGUUAUUAGGUAAUUAGGUCUAUGUUCAGAUUUGGUCAAUGAACGGGUGUCACCCAUGCUAAAUAAAAAAAUUUAAAAGUAAAAGUUCUUAAACUUUGUAUCAGGAUAAUUAAUCAGAAUGAGGCAUACAUGUUUUAUCGCCCGAACUGUACUUGUUCAAAAUAAUGAUGUGGAAGCUGCUUGUCGCAUAUUGAAUAGGAUUUUAGGGAGGGAAGGAAUUUUAGAGCAAUUCAGAAGAACUAGGUAUUAUGAAAAACCUUUUCAGGUUCGACGUCGAGUCAAUUAUGAAAGGUGUAAAGCACUCUAUGAUGAAGAUAUGAAUAGGAAAAUAGAAUUUGUCCUGAGAAAAAAUCGAUCAGAUCCAUUUCCAGGAUGCUCAUAAGCUGUUCAUUUAUUUGUUAUCAAUCACAUAUGUCAAUCCAUUACCAUAAAUAUUGAUGACAAUGAA